AUGACUACUAUUGAACACAUCAGCCGAUUCCUGAUCCAGUGUGGGGACGCUUCUGCAGUCGAUGCUCUGAGGAUUUGGCUAUUCCCACUGUCGCUCUCUAGAUUGGCCUUUGCCUGGUUCUCCUCCCUACCAGCAAACUCUAUCAUUACAUGGGCUGAUCUAGAGAAGCAAUUCCACAAGUACUUCUUCGCUGGAGUACACGAGAUGAAGAUCACCGAAUUGAUGGCGGUCAAGCAAAGGAAUGAUGAACCUGUCACCAACUAUAUCCAGAGGUUCAGGGACAUCAAAAGCAGAUGCUUUAGUUUGUCUCUCAGUGAUAGCCAGUUAGCUGAAUUGACUUUUCAGGGAUUGCUGCCUCAUAUCAGAGAGAGGUUCUCAUCUCAUGAAUUCGAGAGUUUGAGCCAUCUCGCUCAGAGGCUUGCAUAUGUUGAUGUUCGAGCCCCGGUUCAAACGAGGACGACGUUCCAGAAGAGAUUAAACUUUGCUGGAGAUUCUUCUGAUUCCGAAAACGAGGCGGAGAUUGGCUUGGCCGAGUGGACCAAGAAUAGAGAGCCAGUUUUGUGCCCGUUUGCAAAAAAGCAAAAGGAGAAGUAUGGGUUCAACAUCACAAAGGCCGACCAGAUCUUUGAUCUGUUACUUCAGGAGGGACAGAUCAAAUUAUAUGCAAAUCAUACGAUUCCGUCGGCCACCAAGCUAAAGAAUCUCAAGUAUUGCAAGUGGCACAAUGCCGUGUCACACAGUACUAACAAGUGCAUAGUGUUCUGCAAGGAGAUCCAAUCGGCUAUCGAGGCAGGAAGAAUCAAGUUUGGCACGCCAAAAAAGCCGAUGAAGAUUGAUGGUCAUCCUUUUCCAACCUACAUGGUAGAGGUGAGCGAUCAUGGCGCCAAGACGGGGCUCAAACUCUUGACUUCUGAAUGA